AUGGCUUCGAAUCUAAAUAUGAACGACAGUAGUGCCGCUAUGGAUGACAGUUCGAAGCGACGGAGCUCGCGUUCGAUAAAGCGGAGAAAAUUUGAUGACGAAUUGGUCGAAUCGAGUUUGGGUGCAGGUUUUGGGUCACCUUUGCCAAAAACUCAACGCACACGUACUCAGUCAUUGAACAUAACGUCUACGGGUUCGGAAAUGGAUAAUGCCAUGUCACCAGUUCAUAGUGUUCCUGAAGCAGUUAUUAUUGCAAAUACUACGCCAUCUACUUCAACUACUCAACCACGGAAAGUUCCUCCAAAUAGACCUCCUACAAGUACCAGUACAUUAAAUACUUUUGCUAAUGCACCAUCUACUUCAACUGUUUCAACAUCAUCAAAUCGAAAUAGAUCGAGGAAGCAGAAGAAUUUAAAUAAAGAUUUAGGACGUUGGAAACCUACAGAUGAUUUAAUGUUGAUACAAAGUGUUUUGCAGACCAAUAAUUUACCAAUUGUCCAUAGAGGUGUUAAAUUUAGUUGUCGAUUUACACUUAAAGAAAUUGCACAGAGGUGGUAUGCUUUGUUGUACGAUCCAACAAUUUCUAGACUUGCUGUAUCAGCGAUGCGCAAUUUACAUCCAGAAAGUGUAGCUAAUAUAGAAUCCAAAGCUCUAUUUUCUAUUGCUGAAGAAGAACUCUUGGCUACCAUACAAUCGAAUUCACAACCCACCAUCGAAACCUUUCAAGAUUUGCUCACCGAAAAUCCAAACAUAUUCCAUCGAAGACGCACAGCUAAAAGUCUUAUGUGUCAUUGGCAACAAAUGAAACGAUAUUCUUUGCUAUCAGAUCAGUGUAGUGCCUUAGAAAAUCCCAUACCAAUACCAUUGAUGAGUGCACUAGAAGAUCGAAAUAUUCAUAUUCUAAACAAUGAACAAGAAGUAACCACAUUAACUUCGGAGCAUAUUCCUACGUUUGCUGAGUGUGAAGACUUAUUAAAUGAUCAACAUUUAUUGAUGGAAAGACCUGAUCCCGUACUUGAGAGACAUCUCGCGUUAACUAACAAAAAAAUAAAAAAGGAAAUCAAAGUUUUGGAAGAUGAAUUACCUAGAGCACAAGUGUUAGUAUUUCCAAUGACUGGUAUCAAUCCCGUGGAGUUUGAACCUCAAACAUUGGCUGUGUUACGUGGCCGAUUGGUCAGAUAUUUAAUGAGGUCUAGAGAGAUUACCAUUGGACGUUCAUCAAAGUAUCAACAAGUUGACGUUGAUCUAAAACUUGAAGGACCUGCUUGGAAAAUAUCUAGACGGCAAGCAACCAUACGUUUGCGCAAUACUGGUGACUUUCUAAUUGCUUGUGAAGGUAAAAAGUGUUUAUAUGUUGAUGGAAAACCUUUGGCAGCCGGAAGUCGCUGCCGUCUCAAUCAUAAUUCUGUCUUAGAGAUUGCCGGAUUGAGAUUUCUUUUUCUUAUAAAUCAUCAAUUAAUAAAUACAUUUAAACAAGAAGCCUGCACACAAAACCAGGUGCAGUUACCUGUGCAAAUAGUUAACCAGACACCGCAGAAACAGAAUGCCAAUCAAAAGUCACAGAAGACUACAGUUACAAAAGCUGAAAAACCUGUGCAGACCAUUGAACAGCAGCAGCAACAGAAAAAACUAUUCGAAGAACAGCAAAAACUGCAAAUGGAAGAUCAAGAGAAAAGAAUAUUAGAAGAGCAGAGACAAAAAAUAUUGCAGCAGCAACAAGAGGAACUAGAACAGCAACUGAAAUUGUUAGAGGCUGAAGAAGAAGAACACAACCAACGUCAACAAAAUUUGUUGUAA